AUGCUCAGUGACGAUGCGCGAGAUGCGGCUCCCAGGCGGGGGCGGAAGCUCUUUGGCCGCACGCUGAUCGACAUCUUCCAGCAGGAGUUGAACGAGCUGUGCUCCACACUGGAAGCCCGGGAUUGUCGACAUAUCCGUUGCUUGCGUCCCAAUGACGAGCAGAAACCCUUGGUCUUUGACGAUGCUUCGAUGCUACGACAAUGUCGGUACAGUGGUUUGUUAGAGGCCACUCGCAUCCGAAGACAAGGCUUCGCUCAUCGCAGGUCUCUCGCCAACUUCGCUGCCAGGUAUGCCUCGUUGCUGGCUAGCCCAGAGGCACGGACAGAAGCGCGCAGACACGCUAAAGACCUGACGGCGUCCUGUAAAGCAAUCAGUGAGGUUGCAACAGCUGGUGGUGUUUCCGCAGAAGAUGUGCGAAUUGGACAUUCGAAGGUCUUCAUGCGCGAACCGGCACUGGCAUGGUUGGAGGGAAAGAGGUCUGCUUUGGCCAAGAUGGUGCUCUCAAGCGCUCUCCGCGGCCAUGUUUGCAGGCGCCGCUUUCUGCAGCUGCGAAGGAACAUCCUGCGGCUUCAGGCCAUGAUCAGAGGCUCUGCAGCUCGACGAGCGGCUGCAUCGCUUCGCCAGCGCCUGGCAGAAGAGCGGGCCAUUCAGCUGGCGGCGCAGCAGGAGGCAGCUGCUCAGGCACGAGCCCUGAUCAGAGAGGAUGCUGCUGUCCAGCUUCAGAGCUUUUGGCGCAGCAGGCGGGCGCGAGGAGAAUGCAAUGCAAUGCGGACCGCAUCAUCAGAGCCCUUGCAACAUGAAUGGCCUGUGAGAGUGGAGGUCUCCCCACUUCAGGAG